AAACAAUAUAAUAUAAUAUCAUAACUUUCUUUCUCAACUACUCCUUCCAUAUCAAUUAAUGGCCAUUGCUGCAAAUUUUUCAGGCAUUGUCGCCCCACAGAAUACAUGGGGCCGCAAACCAACUCCAAAGACUGCCAUUGAAUCAUUUGCUGUCAAAACGACAUGUCGCUUUGAUCAGGACAGAUUGAAAAGAGAGCACCUUAAAUUUCUUCAAAAUGCAGAAUUGAGCAAACUUCUCAUCAAUGGAGACAACAAAUUUUAUCCUAUUAUGGCUUCCAAUAGAAGUACUAACAACUAUCACAACUCAGAUCCUGCCUCUACUUCUCCAUCAGACCUAAUCAAGGAUUUCUAUGUAUGCAUUAAUGAGAAAAACAUGAGAAAACUUGGGGAUUACAUCUCAGCUGACUGUUACAUUGAGGAAUGCUCUUUCCCCAGUCCAAUUGAUGGCAAAGAGGAGGUUUUCCGCUUUUUCAAGCGGCUUAGCACAAGUAUGGGAGAAAAUGUUAAGUUCAAUGUUCAACAUGUAUGUCAAGAAGAUGAUCAACUCAUAGCAGCUGCAAAAUGGCACAUGGAAUGGAAAAAGUCACAGAUACCCUUCACCAGAGGCUGCAGCUUCUUCGAAUGUGCUCAAGAAGGAGACAAACUUAGAAUAAUAAAAGCUCGAAUUGUAAUUGAAUCACCCUUCAAACCAGGAGGUUAUGUACUCUCUUUGUUAAAGAUUGUAACAAAAACAUUUGAUGAUUUCCCACGAGCAACUGAAUGGUUCCUAAAGAGUCCACACGUUAUACUAAAUUGGUUACUAAAGGUUUAUAGCAUUAUGUUGGGACUCUUCAUAAACCCAGUUCUGAAAAGCUACUUACACCUUUGGAACUUCGCUACUUUACUACAAAGCUACGUUUUUCAAUUUGUUCUCCAAAUUCUAAAGCACUUCCUCAAGUAGUAGUUACUCAGUCGUCAUUACCAUCACGAGUGGACCAAGUUUCCAUUAAAGACAGUACUAUGAAGGGUCCAAGAACUGGUGGGAGUGGGGGUGGUCGACUGAAAAUGGCAAUAGGAUUUUCUGGCUUCUCUUUUAAUGUUCCUCCUGAAGAAGUAACAUCUUUCCCUUGUUUCUUCGUCGCUGUAGAUGACAAAGUACCUGUUACGAUAAAUAAAUGCAUAUACAUAAUUGUUGGUAAUCAUAUAAUUUUGAAAAUAAAGCUUUCAUUCUUUAGAAAAGAAAAAGAAAAAGACAGAUCAGAGGGCUCUACCCCAAGAAUCCUUCAAAGGGUACAGUUGUUUGAUCUUGUUCUUUGCAGGUGCGAAUGAGAAUGCUUUUGAUCCCAACAUGAAUGACUUGGCCUAAAAAUAAGAAAGCUCACCAAUGGUAAGAAAACUAUAUUAGUGAUCCUGAGAAAAAUAACCAACAAAAUGAUUAAUCAAUCUAUCUGUAGAAAGUCAUGUUUAGAUGUAUGGAAAAUUAAAGAAAUAUUACAUACUUUUUUCUUUUUUAGAUUUUCCUUCCAAACCCAGAAGAGUACAUCAAAUUAGAAAAAUGGGGUUCGAAUCAAAGGAUGAUUAUUUACAUAACUAAAAAGUUGUAAUAAAUUUUGUGAGAAAUUAACUCAAAACUAAGAAGAAUACAAUAUAAUAUUACCUUUUGAGAAAGUUGUUCUUCAAGAUCAAAUAUUAUUUUGUUUAAUGUACCAAAAGAAAGAGAGGGUUUUGUGAACUUUCCAGAUGGAGAUAGAAUCAGAGAACGAGAAUUUUGGAAGGAAUAGAGAGAGG